AUGUCUGUUAAAUACGGCUUCGAUGAGCCUAGUGAGCUGGGACCAGAUUGGUUCUGUAUGUACAGGACGGAGGAGCGCGUUGGAUUUGAGAAAAAGCAUUUUGAAACGGCAAUGAUGAACGUAGUUCGGCAUCCCAAUAUCAACUCGACGGUCAUUUUGCGGGCAGAUAUGCUGAAGGAAUGGGAGUUUGACGUGGAAACUGGCGCAGAAAUUUCGUUUGAGGAAGAAAAACAUACAGUCGCAGAUUCCGAAGCUCAGGUUGUAAAUGUGGAUGACAUGCAAGUGCGUGGGAUCGAGACCAAUCCUGAUCUGCAACUAGCGCAGAAAACGGCAAUGGUACGGCGAAUUAUUCCUCGAAACCCUUAUAAGGAUGCUAUCAUCAACCAGACAUGCUUGCUGCUCAACUCUCGGACUUUUGCAGAGACUUCCUUGAUCACAUACACCCCUCAUUUGCAGGAUAAAGAUCAAUGCCCGUUUUACAUUCCGCACGUAAAAGCAGUAGCAAUUUUGCUUCAUGAUCAAAGACUGUCCGUGCAUUAUGUGCCAUUCACACCACAGGGUGCACAAGAAUUCAGCAGCGAGGGCGAACGUGUUGUGAGAACGGCGCGUCGUUUACUGCAAACAGCGCUGAAACAUUCAACCGGUGUUAAAGCAGGUUACGAAAAGAAAGUUACACAUGACGUGGUUGUCGAUAAAGUGCUGUUCCAGGACCGGUACAUUGCACUAAAGAAAAAACACUCAAGAUUUUUGGUGGACAACUGGGCCGAGAGCACAGAUCCCAAGAAACACGUUUUCGAGGACAUAGCCAUCGCUGCGUUUUUGAUAGAGCUCUGGAUCCGAAUGUAUGGACCCAUGUUUGCCACCAAGAUGCAGUUUAGAGAUCUUGGCUGUGGCAACGGUGUUCUAUGCUAUCUGCUGCUACAAGAGGGCAUCCAGGGCAUUGGGAUUGAUGCUCGUCAACGCAAAUCGUGGAAAAUUUAUCCCAAGGAGGUUCAGAAAAAUCUACAAGAGCAGGUCAUAAUACCGUCCAUAUUACUGCGACCCCAUCCAGAAAUCAAAAAACGGGCACCAGAGCUAUAUCACAACGGCAGAUACUUUCCCAUAAAGAUACAAGAUAAAAUAGCACCUGCCACUGUGGUCUACUCGAGUGAGGAUCUCUUAAAUUCUUCUAGCGUCAAUGUUACCGAGUUUCCUCGCGACACAUUUUUAAUUGGCAACCACUCCGACGAGCUCACUUGUUGGAUUCCACUCCUAGGAUAUCCCUUUGUGGUGAUACCAUGCUGCUCGCAUGGAUUCUCUGGCCAAAGGGCUCGCUAUGGCGUAAAAAAAAGCUCAAUGAAAAGCGGAAACAGCACAUAUGCUGGGUUGGUUGACCGGGUAGAAGCUUUAGCUACACGCGUUGGGUGGAUCGUAGAAAAAGAGAUGCUCAGGAUUCCCAGCACCAGGAAUGCCGCGAUAGUGGGCACUAAAAACCCCCUUCUAGACCAAUGGCCUACUCAAGAAGUUUACGAUACGAUUUUAGAAGGUGGAGGCGCCGAUGGCUGGGUUGAAAACACAAUGGCCCUGGCAAAAAAAUCUCCGAGAGGUCACUGA